UUUGUAAACAUUUCAAAUCAUCAAAUAAUUAGGCAAUUAUUUAAUUAGACAAAAUGUUUUUUAUUUAAAUAAAUUAUAAAAUUUACCAUAAACAUUUUUAUAUUUUUGAUCAAUUUCAAUAAUACUCAAUAAUUGAUAUUAUUUUAUCCUGUAGGUUAUAUUUAUAACCUACACAAUAUAUUAGAUAGAUAAAUUUUAAAAGUUUAAAUAAAAAAAUGUCUGAAGAUAAUUACAGAGAGAAAAUAUUUUUAUUCGAAUUUCCAACUUGCACCACUGGUCAAAAGUACUCACUAGAAAUUCCAUUGAAAAUUCCAUACAGUGGAUCAAUUAAAGAAUUGACAUAUCGAGUAAUGAGUGCAUUUAAAUUGCCAUGUUAUGUUGAGAAAGAUUUAUUAUAUUCUCUGGAGGAAAAAGUAAAAGAGUGGACGCAAAAUUAUUACGAUGAACGGGAUGAAAAGCAGAUAAAGUCAGCGCAGAAUGGAGAAGUCGAUGUUGAAAAAAUAAUUAAAAAUUGGGAAAAAGCUUACAGAGAAAAAACAGCCGAGUACGCGCAGCCCAUGGGUACAAGCGAUGAAGAAUUAUUUGCAGCGGCUUAUCACAAGCUCGUUCACUCGCCGUCUUUGGAACCGAUUUUACAAGCAGAGCAUAAAUAUGGCAGAGAUGUUACUGAAGUUAUACAGAUUAAAAACUCCGAAUACGAACAACUGACGCAAAAACAAACUGAAGAAAUGCGAGUGGCGGUUGAAAAAUUAGAAUUAGGAUCAACGGAAAAAUCAAUAAAUGAAAUGGCAGCGAGACAUUUUGAAGAACAAAGUUUACUACAGGGUCAUUGGGGAUCGAGAAUAGAUGCGUUAAAAUUGGAACAACGUCGACAGUAUCGUAAUUGGAUUAUGAGAUUACUUGAGGAGCAACAGACUAAUAUGUUACCGACUCCAGUCGGAUCGCCGGUAGUACCCAUGCCAUUUGUACCAGAAAUUACCGAGACAGUGGAUACUAAGGAAAAAAUAAAAGCAUCUGAUUAUCCGCAGUUAGAAGAAAGUUUUACAAUCCAUUUAGGAUCACAAAUGAAACAAAUGCAUAACAUACGAAUUCUAACCGGCGACGUACUAGACUUUUGUCGCACUAAAAAUAAUGCAUCGAGCAUGGAACCAACUCCUCAAAGACUGCAGACAGCCUUAGGAUUAUACUCAAACGACCUUUGCGGUAUUGUCGUACUAAGUGACAAUCACUUAGGAAGUUACUCAGGCAUCACUAAAGAAUUAUCAACUAUAUGCCAACUGACAACGGAAUUUCAUUUUCCUUCAAUGGAAGAGCAGUUGGAAAAAAUACGGGAUGAUGUAAAAGAAGCUGUCGCCUGGCGACAAGCUCAUCAUAAAGAUACUAAUGAUUUACCAGUUAAAAAGUCAGCGUCAAGUAAAUCAUUGCAGACUGGAGAUGUUUUUAUUACGAGACAUUCUAAUUUAGCUCAGGUUCACGUUAUUUUUCAUAUGGUUAUUAACGAUUCAUUGAGAUCAGGAGAUAUAAAUUCACGUCAUCCAGCAAUAUUAGGAUUGAGGAAUAUUUUAAAAACAGCAUGUUGCAAUGACGUAACAACACUUACUAUUCCUGUGUUGCUAGUCCACGAAAUGACAGAAGAUAUGACUGUCGCGUGGUGCACAAAACGUGCUGAGCUUGUAUAUAAAUGUGUGAAAGGUUUUAUGAUUGAAAUGGCAUCUUGGGGAGGUGCCGAACUCAAAAAUUUACAAUUUCUCGUUCCCAAAGGAAUGUCCGAAGAAGUUUUUGCUACUCUUGCAACAAUGUUGCCUAGUAUUUUUCGUGUUUCUAAUCCAUUGGUGUUCAAAGUUACCAAUGCGCCAGUUACACCAAAAAAAUAAUUCACUAAAAAAUUUUGGUGUAAAAAUGGCCCCCGAGAACUUUACACGACCGUGUAGUAUGAAUUUCACACCAAAAUUUCUACACUGAGUCUAAAAAUUUUUUAAAGAGUAAUUAUGUAUGCCGCUAGUUUUUUUUUUUAAUUUGAAUAAAAGUUUUUUCGUAAUUUUAAAAAUAUUUAACACUUAGGCCUAAUUAAAUUUUUUAUCUAAAUAAUUUUAAACAAGUUCUUACUGACUUUGAGAAAAAUCUUUUUAUUAUUCCCACGGCAAUAAUUUUAAAAAUGAACUUUCCGAGUACAUUUGCUGUCAAAAUUUUAAGCUUAAAAUUUUUUCAAAUUUUAAUGAAAAAAAAAUUUUUUAAAUAUAGCGGUCAUUUAAAAAUACUGACGAUGAAACUCUGAAUAAAUAAUUAAGUAUUAUAACGAAAUUAUUAAAAAUGUAAAU